GCAAUAUGAUGAGAUAUACCUUUUCAUCUGGCCAGUUUAUACUGAUCUGUUUGGUCAUCGUAAUAAUUUCAAAAUGUUUUGAUUGUCAUGAAAUUUGUGAGAACCCUGGACUAGCGAAUUAUAGCAAAUUAAUUUUUGAAGACGACUCACAUGAAUACUCUCACAAUUAUUACUACUUCCAGACGAUACGCCGUAAUCAGCUUUCUCCAGUUGUAAAUGACAUCUUUGUAAAAUUGGCUAAAGGUGAGGAAAUCACUUUGAAAUUCCCGUUUAAAUACUACGGCACAGACUUCAGUGCACUGAAGAUGGGCGAUUACGGAAACACGGGCUUGAUACAAAUGAAUGCAGAACAGAUAGUAGGAAUAAUUUACAUUUUCUUAGAAAAUGGUACGAUGUCUGAAUAUGAGAUAUCGAAUGAGAAUGAUUUAUUAGCUGUCCGAAUGAUUUUACACCGACAGGUUGAUGGUAAAAAUGUUACAUUGCAGGUGUUAAAUCUCAUACAUCCAAGCGGGAAGAUAUCACUGUAUUAUGAGAACGUUUCUGAGGAAAUCGAGGAAAAUGAUUUGGAAUCGGAAAUUUACAUUGAAAUCCCGUGUGGAGUAGGAGUUGAAAAAACUCAAAAUGUCCCUGACAUUACUGUUCGUAGAAAGUGGAUCAAAACUGGGACUUUGGUAGAGUAUGAAAUUUCUGGGGAUUGUCCAAACCACAAUUCCAGUAAAGCAUGUGAAGACGCAAAAACAUCGAACACAACGUGUAUUUGGUGUGAACAUGCCAACAUGUGCAUCACCAGUAAUGAUAAGAAUACUCACAACUUUAAAGUCAAUGGUUGCCGGAAUAAAAAUGUGACCACAGAAACGAAUGAAAACGAAGAGGAAAGAAAGUCUCGCAAUUACUCCUGGAUGAACAAACAAACUAAUGUCAAUGAUUAUAUACAGUUAUUAGUGAAUGAAUUAAGUCUAUUCCAUGUAAACGUCAAUAAAGAGGAUACAUCGCCAACAGGUCGAAAACCAGUGGAUGAAGCAAUUAUUAAGGCAAUCCAAACAUCUAGAAAGUUAAAUUUUAUGGUCUCUUCAAGAAUACCUGACGCAAACAGAUAA